AGUCCCUUGUGGGCUAGUUUGUGUAUUGCAAGAAAUAUAGAGAACCCUGACUGUCUUGCUAAAGUCUUUGAAUUGGUUUAUGACAUAUACUUCAGACGUCUAAAGAGAGCUCAGCAGAAUUUAAAAGGGAAGGUGACAGCCUGGGGCAAGCCAGUAACUACUGGGGCUCAUGUUGAAGGCUGCUUGAUAGCCAAAAACAAGAAGACAAAUUUGACCAGAAACAGAAAAGUCAACAGCAUUACAACAGCUACCUUGGCAGCAGUUAAUGAUAGUGACCAUACUGAUCCUGAUAGUCCUAGUUCAAAGGCAGGUGCAGAUGAAAGAGCUUUUAAGGAGUCAGGAAUGAGGACAGGAGAUGCAAGAAAAGGUUUUCAAAUGGAAAAAAACACCCAACCUGAUAAAAGUAGAACAGCCAAGAAGACCUCAAAUGUUGUGGAAGAGGAUGAUAUCAGGAUGACGUUUCAAUCGGAGGACGGUGAGCAAUCUAAAAGUGAUAAUGAUGAUUCGGACUACAAGCCACCACAAAAGAAUUCAUCUAGGCAACUGGGCAACUCAAAAAAGAUUAGCAAAAAACGCAAAGGCGAUAAUAGAGAAACGGCUAGUAAAACAUCUCUGAUCAAGAGGCAGAAGAAAGCUGUCAUUGUAACAAAAGUUGAUGAAUAUGGAAAUGAUGCAGGGUCAUACAAUCAGUCUUUGACAAUCCCCGCCAAAGAUUUAAAAUUAAGCCAAAAUAUACUGCCAGAAAGAGAAGCCAGACAAGACAAAGAAUAUGCUUCAACUCCGUACAUUUGGCUUGAUGAUGACCCUACAACUAGUAGCAAUACAAAUUCACAGCCUGGUGAGUUACAGAUGUACACAACUCUUGAUGAAUCCAGUAAUGAUAAAAAGCAUGCAGACCUUUCUGAAGAAAAUAGUUUUGAUGAAGAUGUUGCUGAGACUAAAGUAAAUAUUCCACUGGCAACAGACGUGACAUCCUCACAGAGGUUAUCACCAGGUUUUAAUAGUCAGAGCUCCAAUUCUUUGUUGGAUGUCAAUGGGGAUUUGUACAGCACGCAAAUUGCACGCCACAAGAAAAGAGGGAGGGCAAGGCAGUUGCCUGCCGCUGACAUUGAGUUGGUUGGAUUUACUAAUGAUGAGCAUGCUACAAAUGCAAGCUUACAAGAAAAGAGUGAAAGAGAUUUUAAUAGUAAUCAAGGCUGUGCUACUGAGAAGAGGGGCUUGAGAAAAAGGAUCAGAGAAAAAGCAGAGAAGGAUUCCCCAGAAGAUGAAGAGCAUAAAGCAGAGUUCAAUAGUCUUAAUUUAUUUCAAUAUAGCGUUAAUGAAAUAAAUGAUAACAGUAAGAAAAGAAAAGAAGUCAAGGGAUAUUCCAAGGCAAAAACCAAUGCAAAAAAACCAAAUUUAAUCGUUGCAUCAGACCGUCAUGCUAACAGAGAGCCAUUAAGCCAGAAUAAUGCACAAGAUUCUCUCCACCAUGAUGAAGGCAGCCCGGAAAGGGAAAAGAAUUUAACAACUAAGAUCAACAAGGCGAUAUAUCCAUCAUCCUACAAAAAUCCAGCCCCUUGGAAAGAAAUCCAAAAUCAGCCAUCAGGAUUUAAUUCUGUAAGUAUUGCUUUGAUGAUAGCGUUCUACAACACACAGCCUCAGCUGCUUCAUCUGAAGCAACAGGUCUGGAAAAAUAACUUGUAUUCUGAAGUGUUUCUUUUUAACUAAUAGUUCAAAUAUUUUUCAAUACUGUUAACGAUGUUAAAGAAAAACCAGUUUUCCCGUUUUAGUUUUGAAACACCAAAAACCGGCUGUUGAUUUUCGGUAUCUGAAUACCAAAUUUUUUGUAAACAUAAUGAUAAACUAAUAGUAAAUGUAUACAAUAGUUACUGGCAUCAUGUGUCAAACCAUAUGAAACGCUUUAGCAUAGGAAGGUCAUUUAUAAAAAUAGAUGAAUGCUUUUUAUAUGAAAUCCGGGUGCAAAGGGGUUGGUCUUCACCAUGGCUGCACUUUUUUCUUUAUUUAGAGCUGUGUCUCCCAACCUUUUUUGUGUGCCAUGCCCCACCUAAGCCUUUCUACAAAUUUUAUUUCUUUCUCAAAUGAAUCCACACUUUUUUUGCUACCGGUGUUACUAAAUAUUUAUACAAGCUUAUUAUCACAAAAGACAGAAAAACACACCUGUUAACAUACCGUAAUGGUUAUAAAUAUUAAAUCUGUGUUAAUAGAUGGCUCAUAUUUUAAAAUAACCUAACAAAAGACUGUUUUAACAGCAUGCAGAGAAAAAUCACCCCAAAGCUGGUGAUACUAAAAAGUCAUUCAUUUAUAUAAAUAGAUUUCUAUGCAAAUACAAAUGUGGGUACAAAAGCAAAAAGUAUAUCAACUUACAGUAUUGGAAAAUGAAGGCACAAUACUCUAGGAAACCUGGGGGCUUUAUAUUGGAAUUAAAUCCGAACAUUCUAAUACAGAAACAUCCAGAUAUCGUGUCACCUAUUGGCAUUCUGGAGAACAUAUGGAAUGCAUUAGAAUGUAAACAAACUGUUGUCGCCAACCAGGACAGGGGAGGGUAUCAGUUACAUGGUGAUUGUACUAGCAGACAGUUGUGGUGGCUAAAAAUAACUAUGUUGAAGUGAAAAGCAAGCUAUACACUUUUCUAGUGCAAACAAGUGCUACAAUUGGCUCCAAGUGGAAGUUUAAAAAUAAGUCAAGCCCUGUUUUACUAGGUUAUAUUUAUAACAGCACCACUUUCUAAUUCUAAUUCUUUCCUGAAGACUAUUGACUAUUUUUAAAUUCAACGAAUUUUUACAACACUUUUAAGGAAAAAUUAUUUUAAAUUGAGACUCAUUUUAUGAUUCAAGUCAUUUUAAGAUACAAGUUAAAUCAUAGUGGAUGGUUGGUUUUCAAAUUCUAGACAAGUCAAUUUUGAAUUACCCCCCUAAACAAUCAAAUUAAAAAAUAUUUCAUACCCAGGUACCUAACAAAUUCUACAUAUAUGAAAUGAGCAUUUACUUCAAUGGAUUAAUUUGAUUAUUGUUACAGUUUUCUAAAAACAACUUGAAGACAAAACAUUUUAAUUAUAUACUGUAAUAACAUAUAUUAUUUAUACUUAGGUUAAGGAAGCAGCACAGCCAUGCCCUGUUUGUGGUGAAAAAUUCAGUAUGGAGAUAUUAGAAUCUCAUGCAUCCUCAUGUGGGGAAGGUAAGUAACCUUAUCCUAUUUCUAACAUGGGAGCUUAAUAAAUCCUGUCAACCUAAAAACCUGUAGUAUUUCAUACUUGUUACUUGUAUAUAAUUAUUUUGCUGAACUGCCUGUUUAUGAAAUUUUCAAAAUGUAAACUUUACUUCAUGCUAAGAUUUUAUAUUUUUAUUGGAUCAUAAAAUAGUUAAAUUUCUUAAUUAUAUUUUAUUGUUUUUAAUUCAAGUUUUGCAUUUGUAGCUCAGAUUUAUUGCAAAUAUUAAGUAAUAUGUAAUAACAGCCACCUAAGUUAAAAAAACAUUUGGUAAACCAAUUAGAUCUGUUGACUAUGUAGGCAUAGUCAUGGAGUAAAAAUAUAACUAUUAUUUACAUAUCAUCCUAGAAAAUAAACCAAACAAUAUCAGAAUGACAUUUCAAUUUUUGUUUAGCAAUAUUUUGGCAUUAUUUUAAUUUUUCAACCAUAGGAAAAAUUUACAUUGAAUUUUUAAAAAAUUGACAUUUAUUUUUGUUUCCCCUCAUUCUAGAUGUUAAGAUUAUACCAGAUGAAAUAACUAUGUAAGUACUGUGCUACUUCUCAUUGUGUGACUUGAAAUUAUGUGAUAGAGUUCAUUAAAAAAAAUGUAUAAUAAAUAUUUCUAUAAGAAAGUUCUCAUCUAAAACUAUCUAAAUAGUUCUCCGUGGUUGAAAAUUGAAAUUUUCAAAUGGAGAUUAACACCUAAUGCUGCCAUGAGAAUAAUAUUUUAGUCAAUUAACUUAGAGAACCAAUGUUGAUUUGUUCUGCUUUACUUUGGAAUUUAAUUAAAUAAGAUGGUCUUGACAAAACAAAAAUUAAAUGAAAAGAUAAUAAACAUAGGAAUCUAUGACAGGAAUACAAAAUAGAAACAAGUAAAAUUGGUCUAUCAAAUGACCAUAAGUUUUCAAGGCAAAACUUAUACUGUGUCAAAGCAUUUGGGAUUAGAUCAUUUAUUUGGUGUCCUCAGUGCAGCACUUGUUGUUUCGAGGGCUCUUUUAUGCUUGCUAACGUAUAUUAAUUUAAUUAUCUAGAGAAAGUCAUCAAAUGUUUAAAGAGCUCAUCAGGCUAGAGAGAUGUGGUAUGCCAUCCCGUUACAGCUUAUAGGUGCACUUCGGACAAAUCUUACAUUCGACUUGACCCAUUCAUAAUAAUCGUAUGUGAUGUUAUGGCCCAUGUGAUGUCAGGAUCAAUAAUUCCCAGACAGGUCACUGAUUUUAUAGGAAGAAGUGAAAAUUUAAUGGAGUCUAUCAAUUAACAAGCAAUGUAGUUUUUAAAGAAAUUAUCAAACUUUAUAUUUAAAAGUAUAGUUAUUAAAAACUAUAAUUGCUAGAGACAGUUGAGAUAUGCCUAACAAAUCUUGUAUCCAGAUACACAAGCACCGGCAUUAAGGUGAAUUGACUCAAUCCCAGCACACAAACAUGGCCAUUAAGUUUGAUUGGCUAAAUGAAAUGAAAUUACAAGAUUGAAAACAAAAUGCUUUUAUUUUGUGCUGUAAUGAAUGAAGCAAAUAACAAAUAUCUGCUUUAAAACAAAUAAAUUCAAUGUGGGAUUCAAAAGAUAAUUUUAGGCCAGUCCCUUUAUACAAAGUUGAAUUUUCUUUCAGCUGUGUCUACUGCCAGUGUGAGUUUCAUAUUGACCAUAUUAAAGAGCAUCAGAUAAAAUGUUCUAAAAUGACAAAAGCAGGUACACCAAAAAGACUCACACGAUCACUCAAAG